AUGCGAAGAGCACCACUUCAACUGUGCAUCGACCCGGAGUUUUCAAUGUUGACUCCCUUCAUCAAUCAGGAGGAACCCGCUAGCCAGAGCACAUCCAUCUAUGACGAAGUUGACCCCAAAGUUUACCUAGAUCUCUAUGGCAAUGAGCCACCUGUCAAGGUGGAAGCGUGGAAUGUUGGACCUGCUACGUUUACGCCUCGUUUCUCGGCCACAUCGGCGAAGGUCUCUGAACAACAUAGCUCUUGA